AUGACGAGGGAGAAAGGACUACAAGAAUUUGCAGUUGUGGCUACUACUAGGAGGCUACAGUCGGAUUCUGGGGCCUUUGCGGACUGGGUGGCUUCAUCUUCGUCAUCCGCCGGGGACCUUUCUUUGGGAUUUAAUGCCGGCCCCACUGCCGGUGAUAACACAAGCAACACCGGCACCGUUGCCGGUUCUGGUGGAGGAAUGUGGCCAUCAUCUGCUACAACGAGGCAUGUUAACUACGGCCUACCUCCGGAAUUCUUCGUAGUUGCGCCUGCUUCUUCUUUCCAUCAUAGUACUCAGCAACACCACCACCACCAGGAGGCUGCCACUCCCACUGCCACUGCCAUCAAUUUCGAUCUUCAUGGCAUUAAUUCAUCUAACGCGGCGGCUGCCAUCGGCGUCGGUGUGAUUCCUCUCCUCACGGCGGCCCCUUGUCUAAAUAUGGGUUCUACAGAUGAGGACUUGUUGAGUAAUACACGAAAUCGUAGUGGAAGUGGGAUGCAACUGUGGCAAAAUCAGCAGGUACAAAACACUUCAGCUUAUUUGAAGAAACCCAUGAUUCAGGAUCAUAAUAUUCUACUUCAGACCGGUCGCGGAGGAGGUGGCAGCGGUGGCGGCAAUGUAAUUGGAGGUUCUUCGUCCGGAGCAACCACAUGUCAAGACUGUGGAAAUCAAGCUAAAAAAGAUUGUAGCCGGCGAAGGUGUAGGACUUGUUGUAGAAGUAGAGGUUAUGACUGUGCUACACAUUUGAAAAGCACUUGGGUUCCUGCUGCUCGCCGUCGUGAACGGCUGGCCAUGGCCGCCACCGCCGGGUCUUCUCAGUCCACUUCUGGCGCCAAAAAACCUCGACUUGGCACUUCUUUAACUACUACAGCUUCUCAUACUUCAACUUCUAACAACACCCCUCCUAGAAGCUUUGACACCAGUUCCAGCCACCAAGACGCAAGCUUUAAAGAGCCAUUUCCAGGCCAAGUUCGAGCCCAAGCAGUGUUUAAGUGUGUUAAAGUGACUGCAGUUGAUGAUGGGGACGAUGAGUAUGCAUAUCAAGCUGUAGUGAGAAUUGGAGGCCAUGUUUUCAAAGGAUUUUUAUACGAUCAAGGAGUCGAACCGAAAGACGGGUUUCCAAACAUAUCAGACUUGCAUUUAAGUGGUAGCAGUGGCGCUGGAGGAGGUGGCGGCGAGGGAAGAAAUGCGGCUUCCUCGUCGUCCCUAGUUCUUGAUACAUCUGAUGUUUAUGCUCAGGGCGGCGGAUUACUAGGAGGAUCAAAUUAUGAUGUGAUCUCAAAUUUCAGGAUCUGA